AUGCUUGCUACUGCGAUAGUAGUACCGGUAAACUGUCCUAUUAAAAUGGUUAAUAAUAAUAAGCUUAUCACUCUCAUUAUUACCAAAAGUACGACGCUGGAGGAUUCUUGCAGCGAAGCGUUGCUCCUUCAGAUUGAUUGGCGUAGUGAAUGUCUUCAGGAAAGAUUGAAACUUUCUCGAUGUAUCGUAGAACGGAUGGCAAUUUCAGAAAUGCUGAUCAUGAAAUUGAUUGAGGCUUAUGAGGUUGCUGCACAAAGUUUAGCACCAUUUUCUGUCACUAAAAUGAAGCAGCGAAUCGUUGGUCUGUGCUCAAUUAUCAGCGACUACUUGCGCAAUUUUUCAGGCUGA